CCCCCCCCCCCCCCCCCCCCCCCCCCCCAGCCACAGCAGCAGCCGCCAGUUUCGGCUCCUUCCUCGUCUCCCUCCGGUCCACAGCCGCAAUCCAAGCCCAGCCCCAGCCCCACGCCGGCCGGCGGCCCUAAGAAAGGACAAGGACAGUCUCCUGGCGGUGGCCCCAAGGGGCCAGGGGGCCCGCAGCAGGGCCCGCACAAGGGCGGCCCAGGGCACCGCGGCGGGCCGGGCGGGGAGCCGCGGGGCCGCGGGCAGCAGCACCCGGGCCAGCAGAGCCUCGGGACACAGCAGGGCUCCGGAGAAAGGAGCGACAAGCUGUCGGACGAGGGGUUUAAAGCUAACCUCUCUCUGCUGAGGCGGCCCGGGGAGAAGACGUACACACAGCGCUGCCGGUUGUUUGUUGGGAAUUUGCCUGCUGAUAUCACAGAUGAAGACUUUAAAAGACUGUUUGCCAAAUACGGGGAGCCAGGAGAGGUUUUUAUCAACAAGGGGAAAGGCUUUGGAUUCAUUAAAUUGGAAUCUAGAGCUCUUGCAGAAAUUGCAAAGGCAGAGUUGGACGAUACCCCCAUGAGGGGCCGGCAGCUCCGCGUUCGCUUUGCCACGCACGCCGCUGCCCUGUCGGUGCGGAACCUCUCACCCUACGUAUCCAACGAGUUACUCGAGGAAGCUUUUUCCCAGUUCGGUCCGGUGGAAAGAGCUGUUGUGAUUGUAGAUGAUCGAGGUAGAUCAACAGGAAAAGGCAUUGUUGAGUUUGCAUCAAAGCCAGCUGCAAGGAAAGCGUUUGAACGGUGUACUGAGGGGGUGUUUUUGUUGACAACCACUCCCAGGCCAGUUAUUGUGGAACCGUUGGAACAAUUGGAUGAUGAAGAUGGUCUUCCAGAAAAGCUUGCUCAGAAGAAUCCAAUGUAUCAAAAGGAAAGAGAGACUCCUCCCCGUUUUGCUCAGCCUGGCAGUUUUGAAUUUGAAUAUUCCCAGAGAUGGAAAUCUUUAGAUGAAAUGGAAAAGCAGCAGAGAGAGCAAGUGGCAAAAAAUAUGAAAGAUGCCAAGGACAAACUUGAAAGUGAGAUGGAAGAUGCUUAUCAUGAGCAUCAGGCAAACCUCCUGCGCCAAGACCUCAUGAGGCGCCAGGAGGAGCUGAGGCGUAUGGAAGAACUCCAUAAUCAGGAAAUGCAGAAACGCAAGGAAAUUCAGCUGAGGCAGGAGGAGGAGCGUCGCCGGCGGGAGGAGGAGAUGAUGAUCCGCCAGCGGGAGAUGGAGGAGCAGAUGAGAAGACAGAGGGAAGAGAAUUAUAGUAGAAUGGGUUACAUGGAUCCAAGGGAGCGAGACAUGAGAAUGGGUGGUGCUGCCACAAUGAACAUGGGAGAUCCUUAUGCUUCAGCAGCCCAGAAAUUCCCACCUCUGGGAGGUGGUGGCGGCAUAGGUUAUGAAGCUAAUCCAGGAGUUGGCCAAGCAGCCAUGAGUGGUUCUAUGAUGGGAAGUGACAUGCGUCCUGAACGCUUUGGGCAGGGAGGUGCGGGGCCCGUGGGUGGCCAGGGUCCUAGAGGAAUGGGGCCUGGAACACCAGCAGGAUAUGGUAGAGGGAGAGAAGAAUAUGAAGCCCCAAACAAAAAGCCCCGAUUUUAGAUGUGACCUGUAGUUUCAUUCCAGUUUGUUUUUGUCUGUCUUGUUUAGACACCGACUUCUUAAUUCUUGCAUUUUAGUAAGAAAGCUACGUUUUUAUGGAUGUUAGAAACUUACUGACCUAAUAUUUGUAAGUGGUCUGUUUGGGCGAGUACAAUUUAAUUAUGUAAUGCAGUGUUUCAAAAUCAAAUUUAGCUGUUUUUUUGAUGUAUAACGUCCCUAACUUGAUGGCAGUGUACCUUGUGCCACUGAAUUCCCAAAGUGUACCAACCUUUUUUUUACUGUGCUUCAAAUAAAUAGAAAACUAAAUGUAGUAACUCUUCUUGCCAGUCGUUGUUAAACAAAUGAGGCUGAAUACCACACCUGUUACAGUAACCUGAGAGCCUCAAGCUGAGGUCCGACCUAGACCAGGGUGUGGAGCUGCAGUGAAGAGUGAGAACUCUUCCCACAGUGCCUCUCUAGCCAAAGAUUGGGUUAAAUUGUAGCCGAACUUUGCAGUAGGUGCAGAUUUUUUGAGCAGUAAUUGUGCUGCGAUAAGGAAGCAAAUGGAAAUCUUACAAGUGCUGUAAGAUACGUUAUUUAAAGCUUCACUGCAAGCAGUGCAGUAAUGAAUUCCAUAUUUUAGCUAUGGGUGGUGGGAUGGUAGCACUUACCACCCUGGCAGUUACUGCUUGGAAUCUUUCAAAGACAAGCAAUGGUUAUUUUAAAAUAAAUUCAUAGAAUGCCUUGUAUUGGCUGACUUCCUCACUGAAGGAUUGUUAAUGUGAUAUUUAUAUGCUCUUAAGCUGUCUUGAGAUUACAGGAUCUGGCCUUGCUCCAUAUUGUACACCUGCCUGGAAUUGCUUGGCAAAAAGACCAGAAGUGUUACUCGAGUGAUUAAGGUUAACUUACUUUAUGUCCUCAUGCUAACAGUGGACUAAUUUGCCUAGUUCAGAAUACAAUCAUUUGUAUUAUGGGGACUGCAGGAACUAUUCUUAAAUUGUGUAGCUGGUGGGCAAAUCCUAAAAUCCUGUAUGUAAAAUACAGCAAUCAGCUUGCUUGCAUGAUGGUUAUCGCUCUUUUAUUAUUGAUGUUUGGAGAUAAUGCUUCAAAAGUAGUAUCUGAAUCUGGAGUUUUAAGAGAUAAUACUACACAGUGCAAAUAAACUCCCUUUAAGGUUCUUUUUGUAGAAGAUCUGAUGAAUUUGUUAGUUUGCUGUUCAUUUUAUUAAGCCCCAGAAGAAUUUCAAAGCAUUCUGGACUCAUUGGUAAGGUAGUUGCUUUGCUUAUUAUUGCAGUGUACCAGGUAAACUGGGAACAAGACUUCCCAGUGUCAAAUACCUUGGUGUUAAGGCAGGAUACAUCAACCUGCUUGGCACAGAGUAGGUAAACUUAGCUUGGCUGUACCUUCACAUGAUCCCCAACCAGCAGAGUUCUGUGAAUAGCUUUAAUCCUUCCAUUCCUUGUGCUAAGCAUUGGCUAAUUCUAAAUUUUCUGCUAAAUUUUCCCUGUGGUUAAAACUUACGUGUCAGAUUGCAGGCUUUUAGGGUACAGAUGUCUGAUCCCUCUUGAAGUACUGUUACCCCUUAAAUGACAGAAUAGCAAGUUGGGAAAUGCUGAUACAGGUAACACUGCUGUGGAACAUGAAGCUCACUAAAGAGCAAUUGAGCUUGUUUGGUGAAUGCUUUUUGUUUACCCAGAAAAGUUUGGGGUUGGUAACAUGAUGUAACAAUGAAUUGCUCUUGAGGAGGGAAUCCCAAAUUGGCAGUUCCUAAACUGCAGACCAAGUAUUUGGAAGUUACUUGUAUUGGAUAGUUUACAAAUGAGCAGUAUCAAUGCAAUUUGCAUUAUUGAAGCGGUUUUAAACAAUAUCUUUUCUGGAGGGUGUUCAUGGGACACCCUCAAAAGGUGAAAGUGUCUGAGGUGGGGAAUUCUGAACGUGAACAUUAAAUUAAUUUUUUCAGUUUAUUUUUCAGAUUACAUGUCAUUCUUUAUUAAAAGAGAUGCUGGUGCAUAUCCUAAAGUAUGUUCUUUUAUAGUUCUGUAACUUGGAAGAGUGAAGGAUGCUGCUGUCUUUGUACCUUACAGAUCUUUUCUUUGGGUACCCCUGUUUUGUACGUAAGCUACUGUUGCUAGGUAUUAAAAUAGCUGAGCUGCAAAACCAUGAUUAGUAAAUAUAUUUGAAAGAUCUGUCAGUUUUCAAAAGAUCUGAAAGAUUGGUUAAAUCUGGCUUUGUUGUAGCUGCAUAAGCAGAAUUUCUAAAACUUAAGUUCUGCUUUGAGUUGCAUGUACUAAACAGGUAUAUGAUGAACUAGCCAACUUCUUUUCAAGACCUUUUAAAGAUGGUGUCUUAAAAGCUGGCAAACUUGUCAACUUUAAAAUCUGAUAAAAGUUACUAAAUGUGGGAGGUGAGAAAGUGACAUUCCUUUGAUCUGUUCCUAUGAGGUUUUGGACUUUCAUAAACUCAGAUUUAUAUAAUUGAAUCUUCUAAAAUCAUUCAGAAAAGUGCUUUGCUGGUCAGACCUGUUUUUGGAUGGUCUGGAUCACAUAACAUUUUUGUACUGGACUUGGAGGACAUUGGCUGUAGCAAUUUAGCUUGUUUUAUCAAAAUUGAGCCCAUUUUGACACUUGGAGCUCUAAAAACUGCAGCAAGUAGAAACUGGUAUCGUUACACAUAUGUCUUCACACUUUCUCAGAAAUGAAUACAGAAUAAUCUUACCUUCUGGCAUAGAUACAUUACACUAAUCAUUUAUACAGCUGAUGAGAAAUUGAAAAUGCUUUUGAGAUUUUGUGGUAUUUUUGUGGUAGACAAAUUCUUGGCUUCUCCUUGGCAACCAUUUACUGUGGCAGCAAGUUCUUGCUGGAGUUUGAGACGGCAAUUUACACUUUAAACUAGUGGCCUGCUACAUAACUGCACUUAGCCAGCAUUUCUGCAGUUCAUAACUGUGAGGAACGUAGUACCACAAAUGGCAAUGGACAUUAGGACCCGGAUGUAGUAUUCCUGCUUGCUCCAAGAUUCUCAUUGCCGACUGCGUACAGGUAGGUAACAAGCAAUAUAAUAUAACUUGGUGACUUUCUAUGUAAUCUUAUACUGUGGGUAUUCUGACAUCACACUUCUGACUGUGGAAUUACAGUGCAGCACUCCAUACCUGUAUGCUGAGCUUGCAUCAAAGCUGUGUGGUUUUCGGUUGGAAGAUUUUGUCUCAUUCAGAGGCAACAAAUAACUUACUGUGGUUCUUAGAUGAGGAUUUCCAGACCCGAUUCCUCUGUACAUACAACUUGGCUUGGGUGGAUUUUUCUUAGUUCUGAUGUAACGAAGAUACUCUUAAAUGAAGCACUGUGGGGAAGAGGGCAUGUGAUCUUAAACUCAGUUCAGUAGUUGACAAGGUGCUCUCAGUGCCUGGAAAAGAGCACGUUUAAACUUUCUGUAGUGAUGAAGUGGCCCAUCUGCAGCUCAUCCAUGUGUAGAGUCUUGGCUUGGUGGGAAUGUGUUAGUAACCACUGCUCUUGCCUUGUGUGCUGUGUGAGAAUCACCUCAAGCUACUGGUACAAGCAGCUCUGAGACUGAUCCAGAAUAUUUUUUGAGGACAUAAAUGAGUGCUUGAUUGAAUAGCCCUGUGAGUUUCAUAGAGCUUAUUGGACAUUGCAGUAAUCUUUAUUUUAACCUUUGAUUGACAAGCCUGAUACAUUCCUCUGCUUUGACAGUGAUGAGAUUCUGUACUUCAGCCUUGUAGAAUCAUCUUCACAGUGUUAUGUACAAUUUCAUUUUUCAUCAGUCUUGUGAUGUAAUUCUGAUCUCUUCAUUAGUAGAACUCCUGACUGUAGUGUUCCAGGAUCAACAUGCUUACAUUGCCAGACAUCCAGACGUGCUGAUCUCCAGCUCUUUUGCAUUAGCUCUUGAACCUGAAUUUCAAGGUCCCUUGUUCCAGCGAAUGAUCUAGCUCUUGUCUGAUACUCAGUUUAUUUCACAGGUGUUGUAAUGUGUUUUCCCUUGUUCUGGAAAGUUCUGCUUUGUAUACUCGUUUCUGGUGUUGUUGUCACUUCUGGACCCUUCUUUGUUACCUUCCAGGCAGGACUCUUGCUGGUGAACAGUGAUCUGCUGGACAACCUUGCCCUCUGUUGUAGCCACCUUUCCAGGUUCCAUUGAACCCUUGAAGUUGCAGGUGCACUGUAAGAUAAUGGCAGUAGGUCUUUGGUUACACCACGGUGAGUGUAGCCCAUGCCAGCUGGUCACACAGUGACAACUUGUCACAAAGUCAGUUUGGCUUUUCAUGAUGGUUUACCUUUACCUGUGACUUGAAUCCAUUUUGUGAUGGCUUAUCCUUACCUGGCACUGGGAUCCGGUAGCAGACCUGCUGGCAGCCACUGUGCUGUCAGGUAGCAAAACUGAAUUAGUGAUCUUAAACCAUUGCUCAAGAUCUGACUUAAGUUUUUCCACUGUGCUCUGGAUACUUGACCUGCAGGAAUGUCAUGGAGGGGUUAUUGGCACAUCUGCCUCAUUCUACAUACUUGAACUAAGCAGGUUUUUGACACUCUUGGAGCAAGCGAUUUGUGACUGAACCAUGGGGCUCAGACCAGCUCUGGCUGCAGUAAUGAAACUUGGUGUAGUAGCAAACUUUAGUCAUGUCUGCUCUAAGUCAGUCUGUAACAAGUUGGGUACAAGAAAUGACAUUCAAGUGCUUGCAUUGUGUUUCAUCUUGGUUUUAUCUGUGUGUGAAAUACACUUUUUCUCAAAAGUUUACCUGAAGCUCAGAAGUGUGGUGUCAGAAUACGUCUGCGUACUGCUAGGCCCUCCAAGCAGAGCCUGGUGCUGGCAGGAGAGCACAGCACAGCGUGGAUGGGGCUUUAUUGUAACAUUAAGCAUACAAAGUGUUGAUUUGCUUGCAGUUCUCCCCAUAGCUAAACACUGAGGCCUGUGAGUAGUUUUAGGACUGGAGCAGUAAUGGGGUUGCAUGUCUCUGUUAAUCAUUGCCAGCUGCAGUGACAUGAUCAGGAAGGCCAGUGUUCUGUUCCAUUAUGUUCAAUGAGGCUGAGCAUGUUGGGGAGGAUGCAUCCAAGUAUGCUGCUCUGGGGAAUCACUUGGCUUCUUCCACUACCAGCAAGUUUUGGAAUCAGCUAAUUAGCUUCAGAUUUUAUUUUUUUUUCCACUCCAUACCAGCUAGUGGGGCUGUUAAAUAGCUGCUGCCUGGAAAAGGAAAAAAGGGAGGAUUGGCCUUCUCCCACCUGUGUCAUUGCUGCUAGGUAAUGAUUGACACGUUAGGACUUGGCUGUGCAAUCCUGCAGUGAUCUGUGAACACCCCAUCUCUAUAAAUGUUGCUUUUGAACACCAGUACUGAAGAGCUAACUGGGGAGGGCUGGGAGGAGUGUGGCUAGCAGGGAAUCUGGAGUUUUCAAAGGAUGCACAAAGAUAUAGUAUCCCUUAUGCAUGGUGUUUGUUGCUAUGGCAGAGAAAACAAAACGUGCAUAACUCCUUCUCCCAGGGGCCGUGAGGAAACCCAGGUGGGUGGUGGGUUGGAGACUAAAGCCUGAAGUUGUCCCUGCCUGGUACCCAUGGUGGGAUCUGCCUCCCAACUGGAGCUGUGCAGAGCCUUGCACCACAUCCCCAGCUCUCACCAUUGCAGGCUGCCCUCAGCUAUAGUAAAGGGGGGUCUUGAGGAGGGAAGAGCCUUGCUGAGGAUAAAAGCAGUGACAGUGCCAACCUCUAGUGUCUGCCUUUGGCUUCUGAAGCACUUGUUGGACUGUAGAACAUGAGGGCUCCAAGAGAGCAGAACCACUGCAUUCCCUCAGGAAAGGGAAGAGAAGGGGGCAUUGCUACAGGAGACAAAUAGGGUCACAGAGUUGAAGUAGCUGACAAAAUCAAUGCCUUCACAUAAGGGAUAGUAUACCUCUGGCUGCAAUCAAACCUCACUGUGCUCACACUGGGGUUAUGGGUUGUGCUCAGGGUGCAGUUCUUCAGGCAACUGCCUGUAUAUUCCUUCAGCUCUUGAUGAGUGUUUAGGCUAGCCUAUUUCUGCCCCUUACUCUUCCACGUAAUAGUCUGGAAUAAUUGAUAAGUUCCCCCUCAUAACUAAUCCGUCCAUGUAUGUUAAAACCUUAUUUUUAAGUUAGUUUUGAAUCGGCCACAAUUUGCUGUGUAUGACUCUAAUAACUUCAGUUGUUAUCCUUUAGGUGAAGAUGAAAGCUGAGUGACACCGGAGUGCUCAUCCAUGGGAAUUGAGGAGUCGAACAUGAGCACAUCCAGCACGGUGCCCAGUGGUGUGUGGAGAGACCAAGGGAGCAGGUGGACAA